GAUUAAAUGAGUGAUGAUUUCCUUCGGUUUGGCAUCAAACUGAACGAACAGUAGCCACACAACAAGGAACGCAGAAACUGGAAGGUGAGGGACCACUGAAAGUACUUAGUUCCCUAACAACGAACAUGGACUACCCCUGAGAAAUAAACUAAACUCAUGGCAAACCAGACACAGCCUCAUCGUUUUCUCCCCACCAUAAAGCUCAAUGUCGGUGGCCAACACUUCACAACAAGCCUCCACACGCUUAACAAAGAUCCCAACUCAAUGUUGGCCACCAUGUUCUCUGGAAAAUUUGAAAUGAAACCCUCCGAGGACGGUGCGUUCUUCAUCGACCGAGAUGGAACUCACUUCCGGUUUAUACUCAACUAUCUUCGCACUGGAAAACUGGCUUUGCCAGCGAAUGCGGCUCAUUUAGAAGAGCUUGAAGCGGAAGCAAACUUUUAUCAAAUUCAGGGAUUAAUGGAUGAAUUGAAAUCCAAAGCACCAUUUCAAGAAUCGCAAAUUGUAAAAGAAGAAGAUCAUCGUAAAUUACUGAGACGCUGGCUUCCCAAUCAAGGAGUUGAGUGGCAACUCCUAUUCCGAGCUUCGCGAGAUGGCUUCACAGCUCAAGCCUUCCAUUCCAGAUGCGAUAACAAAGGACCUACGGUUACCAUUGUAAAGAGUGGAGAUAACAUAUUUGGAGGCUUUACCGAGAUUUCGUGGACAAGUCAUUGUAACUGGGUACCUUGCCAUGAUUCAUUUCUGUUCAGCUUGGUAAAUCCACACGGUUUGGGACCAAUAAAAAUCCCUGAAAUUAAGAGCAAAGAAAACGCCAUUUUCUGCAACACCAACUGUGGACCAACAUUCGGUGGCUGGUACAACCUUCACAUAUCAAGAAAUGCGAACAAGACCAAUUCAAGUUACAGUAACCUCUCUCACUCAUUCAAUUUUCUUCCUGACACUGACUUGUCUUUAACAGGAUGCAAAUAUUUUUCUGUCACAGAUUACGAGGUUUUUGGAAGUUGAAACGUUUCACUGAAGCUUUAGGAUCCAACAUGCCCUAUACAAACAUUCUCUCAGUCUAUUCGCUUUCAGCUCUUGAUAUGUAACCAUUUAUAGGCAGGGAAUACUCUUCUUUCAACAAAUGGUAAACACCACA